AUGUACUUCAGGACUGCAGACGAAGUACUCCUACUGAGCGCCUUCACCAUCAACACAGUUGUAGCACAAUACAGCGAAUCUGUGAACCCACCGCCAAAUGAAAAUCCUUGCAAUCUCGUCGACUGCAUACCAAAUACUCGUUGUAUAGUGGAGAAUGGAGUACCGAAAUGUCUCGAACUGGGCAAAUUUAUAGGGUCUACACUCAGUUUGCUGGGCUUUUUGAAUAAUGCUGUCGUGAUUUUUCAAUAUUGGCUCGUCAAACAAAUUGGGAAGCAGAAACCCUUCCCAAAGAAACAACUGGUUCCUCCAACAACACAACAUGUCCUGCCAAUGAGGAAUACAACACGUGUGGCUCGGCAUGCGAACCAUCAUGUCGGAAUCCAAAUCCGAGAGUCUGUACCCUCCAGUGUGUCAUCGGAUGUCAAUGCAAGAAAGGAUUCUACCGUAAUGAUGAGAAUGUCUGUGUGGCUAGCUGCUUCUGGUGAGUUACUACCGCUAAUGUUUGGUUUAGCCCUUCUAGGAGAUUUUGAGUGGAAAGAGUUGCAAAAAUGCUCGAAUUUGAUAGGACCAGGUGGCUGUGGUGUGAACGAGGAACGGAAAUCAUGCGGCACCGCUUGUGAACCGACUUGCUCACAGCCUAAUCCCAUCCGUUUGUUUUUUGCACAUUUAGUUACACUAGCAUUUCUUAAGUUCUCAGAAUUACUAAUAUCUACCGAGAAGGCUUCACUAACUAUUCAGUUGAAUAUUCAGUGCACCAGACAAUGCGUCUCAAACGUUUGCCAAUGUAGAAGGCUCUACAUUCGUGACUCGAAUAAUGCCUGUGUUCACGUGGCCGCUUGCCCUACAGAACCAGUCAAACCGUGCUCGGAGCUGAAUUGCCCGAGAGGAACUCGUUGUGAGUUGGGCCGAAUUAUCUGCCCAUUUGUGCCGCCAUGCUUCACUCAACAAACUCGAUGUGUGCCUACUAAUUCUCCUCCAGCACCACCACCGGCCGGCCAAGGUCCACGACCAGCACUACCACCAACCGGCCAAGGUCUACGACCAACACCGCCAGCAACCAAUACAGAUGUCGUGACGGUUAUGAGUGCCGACAGGACACCAUCAACUGUAUUCGAGCUCCUUGUCCUCAACCUAGGCCGAGAUGCGUCCCAACGGGAGGCUCUACCAGUGAAACUUGUCCUGCCAAUGAAGAAUACAAGACGUGUGGCACUGCGUGUGAACCAUCUUGUAGUAAUCCUAGGCCGGAAAUUUGUACCGAACAAUGUGUCGUGGGAUGUCAAUGCAGACAGGGAUUCUACCGUAAUGCUCAAAAUGUCUGUGUGUCUAACUGCUCUGGUGGUAGGACCUACUUUGCCAUUGUGUUCCUCCAUCAACUGUCCCCCACGCACCAUGUGUUUAAUUCCUUGUCGUCCAGAUAACGACAGCUACGCUACACCACCGCCAUCUAACUUGAAAGUUUCAAACGGACUAACAUGCGCCAACGUCAGAUGUCGUGACGGUUAUGUGUGCCGACUGGAAACAGUGAACUGUGUUCGAGCACCUUGUCCUCCCAGGCCGAUAUGUGUCCCGACGGAAUCUCCACCGCUCACGUGCGACAAUGUCAGGUGUCCUGCGGGUACUGAAUGUCAGCAAGUACCACUCAAUUGUUUCGUACCACCGUGUCCACAACCACCACCACAGUGUGUUAAGAUUGAGCAAUACAAUCCAUGCGCUGCCACCACUUGCCCAGUUGGAUCCGAUUGCGUGGUGAGACAGGUGGUAUGCGUUCGAGCACCUUGUAAUCCAGUAGGAGAAUGUGUUCCCCAAUCCCAGCCAGACCGGAGAUGUGGACAAUUUGAGAGCUUCCAAAGCUGUGCCAGUAACUGCGAACCCAGCUGCUCCAACAGAAAUCCUACUUGCAUUCUGUCAUGUGCACCACCAAAAUGCCAGUGCAACACCGGUUUCUACCGCAAUGACAGCGGAAGUUGUGUGACAGCCGCCGAUUGUGACGCCGCCGGUAAUACGAACCCAUACUAA